CGCGGCUAUGCAUUCACUUCGCUAGAGUGACAUACGAGACAUCAAUGAACAAAGACGAGGAAUCAAUGGUAGCGCUAACCAGAGAAGUUAGCAUAUCUUUAUCGGAUACGCAGCUAUAUCAUAAGCCAGAAAGGACUAGGUGACGCUAUUCUCACGACUAAUCUGUGUUUGCUACUGAAUCUAUUUCUCAAAAGUAUAUAUAGCAUGUCUGUGAAUGAUCAGCUCAAUAACGAUUCUAGAGAACUAUCUCCAGGUGAUACCGCCACCAACUACGAAGUACAGUCAUGUUCGAUCUGCUUUGACAGUAUUUCGGACGAUAACUCCUGUUUCGUCGACGCCUGUUGCCACAACUUCUGUCUGAGUUGUAUCCUUCGAUGGACAAAGCAUAUCAAGCAAACCUGCCCUCUGUGUCAAAUCGAAAUAACUCACGUACUGUCGUAUUACCAGCUCGAUGGGUCAUUCGGUGCCGAUCUGGUGAGAAAUUGUAUUCACCUGAUGGUGCAAGUGCGUUGGCUGGAGCUCGAUUUUGAGUGUGGAGCUGAAGAUGCAUUGGAGGUGCGAAAACUGGAGGAUGAAAGAAUCAAUGUUGAAGAAGAUUUGUACGGUGUCUACCAAUGGGAUGACUACGAUGAGGAGUUCGAUAUGAAUAAUUUCGCACCUGGUCAUGGUAAAUCAGGCCGUCGUCGAAAGUCGGAAGCAGGAUGUGUUUCUGUGGAGCCAUUCCGUGGCAACAAUCAUCGGAGAAGAUCCGACAAUUGGAAUAAGAAUAAAGUGGCUCCGGCCGCAAACUCCAAUGCGGCGAGUGUACCACCUAAGUUGGGACGACGUGCGAUGAGAGCUUUGCAGCGCAAGUUGGCGGAUGCCGCUGCUGUAUAAGUAGUCACGGUAUUCUCUUCAUGUACUGAGGAAAUAUCGGAGGGUGUAAUUGUUAUGUAUGUAUCCACAAUUCCAAUUUGAGUGCAAGGUCAACGCCGGCAUGCUGUGCGAACUGAAAAAUAAACAAUACAAACCGAAACAGGUAUGCCUACUCAACUUUAGUCCUUUUAAAUUGAAACUCAGUGUUACAGUGUUUCAGUGGUAGUGUUAUGUACUAUAUACUUAGAUUCCUUUUUU